AUGGAUGGUGACUUACCAAAGGAGUAUUUUGAGUUGAUAAGAAAGACUUUAAAUGAGAAAAAGAGAGAAGCUGUUUCUGGUCGACCAUUAAAGAGGAAGAAAAGGAGAAAUACCAGAUCUACCACCGAGGAUGUCCAGAAUUCAUCCGUUGAAGUUAUAGAUUUGGAAUCUAAUAGUAAUGAUGUUCAACUUGCAACAGAAGUCAUUGAUUUGGACAGCGGAGGGGGAGAGGCCAUCACUAUGUUAAACUCCGAAGUGUCUGAAGAUCAACAUGAUGACAGUGUUGAUUCUGAUGAAUUUGAAGACGUCGAAGACACUGAUUUCGAAAAUUUGAAUGAUAUCUCCAUCACCAUAAAUAAAGAAGAAAAACCAGUGCAUAAGAAUAAGACUGCUAGGAAAAAUGUUUGUUCUAAUGAAGAAAGAAGGAAAAGAAAAUUCAUCCAUAUGUUUUAUUUACUUUGUCUACUGAUAAAUGGCUUCCUAAGAAACGAAUGGUUGAAUAAUUCCAAACUUCUAAGUCGUCUUGGUGAUUUAAUUCCAGAAAAGGUUUUCGAACAAUUGCAUCCUCGUAAAGAUGAAGACAUGCCCUUAAGAAGUACAAGAAAGUUAUUGGACGGCUUGAAAAAAUGUAUGGAAAUUUGGAAUAAACAUUGGAGAAUUACCAAGAGAUACGAGUCAAUAGGAUGUUAUAUGAGAUUCUGGGAUGAAUUCGACGAGAAAUGGUCAGGAUAUUCACAAUCAUUAAACAAAAAGAUGUUUAUCAAAAAUGUGUUGAAAGGUGUAGGUGAUAGGGAUUUAGCAGCACAAGGAUUUGUUGCCUUGUUGAGAUCAUGUAAUCUUAAUGCAAGAUUGGUGAUAUCUAUGCAGCCUCCGGAUUUUACCAAUUUAAGGACUCUGGAAUCAUUAUCAAACUCAGCAGUUAAUGUAUCAUAUGAUGAUAUGAUCAAGUACCCUCUCUUUUGGUGUGAAGUUUGGGAUAAAUUCGGUAAAAAAUGGAUUACCAUCGAUCCUAUUAAUUUGAAAACUAUAGAACAAAUAAGAAAUGCUUCCAAAUUAGAACCUCGUGGCGGUGCACCCAAAAGGCGUAAUCAAUUACGGUACGUCAUUGGAUAUGAUCGUAAGCAGGGGACUCGUGACAUCACACGUAGAUAUGCUCAAUGGCUCAACUCCAAGACAAGGAAGAAGCGAAUUACUAAGGAUAAAGAAGGUGAAGAGUGGUUCAACAGAGCUAUUUACGCCUUAAACCGUAGAAAGCGUACCAAAAUUGAUGAUUAUGAGGAUGCUUAUUUUGAUCAAAGAAAUGCGAAUGAAGGCAUGCCAGAUAAUCUACAGGAUUUGAAGAAUCACCCAUAUUAUAUUUUGGAAAGGGAUUUGGGAAAAAACCAAAUAAUCAAGCCCAAUGCUAAGGAAUCAGGAUAUUUGAAACUAAAUAACCGUGUGCAUGGUGUGUUGAAAGUAUAUGAACGGAAAAAUGUUAUCAAUUUGAAAAGUGGUAAACAAUGGUACAUGGAGGGGAGAGUAUUAAAAACUGGGGCACGUUGUAAAAAAGUUAUAAGGAAGAAGAACGUGAGGCUUUCUAACAUAGAUGAUGAUAAUGAGGAAGAAAGGCUCUAUAGUAUUGAUGAUACUGAAAUAUAUAGGCCUCCGUUGGCUUCCGCAUUUGGAGAGAUAACAAAGAACACGUUCGGAAAUAUUGAAGUGUUCGUUCCAAGUAUGAUUCCAGCAAACUGUUGUUUGAUCGAAAGUCCGGUAGCGAUAAAAGCUGCGAAAUUUAUAGGAAUUGAAUUUGCACCGGCCGUAACAGGAUUCAAGUUUGAAAGAGGAAAAAGGUCCAAGCCAAUUUUAAGCGGCGUGGUCGUUUCAAAACUCUAUAGAGAAGCUGUAGAAACGGCCAUUGCCGGCAUUGAGAACUCGAUAGAAGAAGAUGAGAGAAAAGGCUUCGAAUUGAAUGCUUUAGAACAAUGGAACAAAUUCUUGUUGAAGUUACGCAUCAAGAGUCAAUUGAACCAAGUUUAUGGUACUGUAGUUGAGGCAGAGAAAAAAUCUGUACCAGUUGAAACCCCAGAAGCUGGUGGCUUCUUUGUCACAGGCUCCGAAUCAGUUGUAGGUCCGAAUAUUUCAAAUUUGAAUGACUGCAAUGUAGAAAUGAAUGAUGGAAGUGCUACUAAUUUAUCAGAUCAGUAUAGUGAAGGUGAGCCGAUGGGUGGUUUCCUGCCGGUUUCCACUGAACGGACGAAAAAUGGUAAUUUUGAAGAGAAACAAGAAAGCGAUAAUGAAUUUUCCAAUAAUGAUGAAAGCAGUAAUGAAUUUGGAGGCACAAAGGGUACUGAUGAUGAAUAUGAAGACUUCAUGAAUGACAUGGAACUAUAA